ACCAGUCGAUUGAUUGUGCGUCUGCAUUCCAGUGAUAUUUUGCCUCAGAAUGUACCUGACCGCUUCAAAGUUAAAAUAGGGAAUUUAGUUGAAGAACAUCUAUGCCGGUUGACGGAUCGUAAGGCUUUCGCUUUACAAGACACGUGGAUAUUUUGUGCCCUUAGAGUGCCAGUGUGGUGGAGUGCAUGAUUCUUUUGUUUAUGUGAAACGCCUUGGUGGAUUUUUUUCCAUGCUAUGGGCGCAAAGUAUCCCGACGUUGAGGAUUUUAAAUUCAACACAUGGUGAUUCCUGGGCGGCCCGUCGUUACCGGCGGCACCCCCUAAAGCGAUGAGCGGGUCAUGCGCGCCGGCUUGUGCACGGUGAGCGCCCCCCUGGCCGCGUGCAGCCCGGCACCAGCCCUACCGCCAUCUGCCCGCUUCCUGGCUCUUCAUUUGCUGCACCAGCAGACCCUUUAUUUCGUCGUUCAGGCCAAAUCAAGAGUACGGGAGCUCUAUCAUCAAACAUGCAGGCACUUUGCCCAGCAGGGCAUGCUGGAUACCGAUCUGUUCGGUUUGGCCUUAAUUUGUGACGGCGAGUACCUCUUCGCAGAGCCAGAUAGCAAGUUAUCGAAAUACGCCCCAAAAAGUUGGCGAUCUUCUCACAGUCAUGGCCUCGACGCGAACGGACGUCCGGCUUUGGCCUUCUAUUUCCGCGUUCAGUACUACGUGGACAGUCCACUCCUUCUGCGAGACGAAACUACAAGAAACCACUACUACUUGCAGCUGCGAGUCAAUGCCGCCUCAGGGGCGGCAGGAGAACACGCCGCCCAUCUGGCGGGUCUUUCGUUACAGGCGGAUUUGGGAGAUUUUAAUGAAAAUACUAGUUUCAGACCAGAGGAUUAUGUACCACCUAACAUGCGGGGACCAGCUGCUUUACGCGCUAUCGAGGCAGCCCAUAGAUCCCACCGGAAGUUGUCCAAAAAUGAAGCCAGGACGCGUUUCAUAGCAGAAGCGUGCCAGUUGCAGGAACCGGUUAAUGCUCAUGUAUUUAGGUUAAAAGCUUCGAAAACUGAAUCGCCACCCGGGUCGCUUCUCCUGGCGGUUUGCGCUAAGGGUUUGCGAGUGUGUCCCGACAAUAACCCGCCCUCGAUAUUCCUUUGGAGCAGUAUAAGCAAACUCAGUUUCGAACGCAAGAAAUUCGAAAUUCGCACCAGCCACGAAAAGCUAACCCUCUACACCACCAGUGAUGAAAAGAGUCGACUGCUUCUCGCUCUGUGCAAAGCGACGCACCAGUUCAGUAUGGCCGUCGCCCCACGUCUCAACGAAGCGCGUCGAGAAGAAGAAGAGCGACAGAGAUGGGACUGCGAUCAAAGGGUCUCCGUUAUCAGUUCGACUUCGUCGAACACCACGUCUGGAAUCGUCAGCGACCGAUUUCAUUCCGAAGAUGAAUUAGAAAUUAUGAUAACCAGUCCACCUGCGCCGUCUACGGAGAGUCUGGCUCUAGCUCACCUGCUGGACAGUGCCCCAGCUAGUAGCCGGACAUCUGCCGCGUCUGCAACUGCCGCUCUCGCAACCAUUUCCUUGAAGGAGGAAGAAGAAGAAGAGUCGCCCAAACAAGCUACAAGUGAGAGUUCCGGGAAAACAGCCAGUAUCAAAUGCGCGGGAUCGCAAUGCAGCUCUUCCUGUAGCACUGUUGUUGUGACGCCAGUUCAGACAAAGCCAAAAAGACGAAGGCCUUCAACCAGCAGCAGCUUGGAACUCGGUUAUUCCCACACCGCUCAGAAUUCCGCCGUCAGCGACGCGACUUGUAUCGAAAUAGAUAUAAGGGAACCGGUAUAUGCGUCGGGACCGCCUCCCAGUAGUCACACCAGCGGAGUUUACACGUUAACGUCGAGCGAGCAGUACACCUCGAACUCAACCGAGCACUACGUCAAUCCAAGCGAGGCUUUCGGCAACGGAAGGGAUUCUGCGUUCCUCACUAUGGGCAGCGAUCAAAUUGACGGACCAUAUAGGGACAGAACCAAUUCCAACGUCAGCAAUUCCUCGUUCCACGGAGACGGAAGCGACCCAACUAACAACAAGCAGUCGCUGUUGACGGCGACCCAACUUUCCGACUUGAUCGUCGGCAAAUAUCCGUCUUCCAAAAGCGUCAGUCACACCUUGGAUUCGGAUUCGGAUUACGUAACGUUACCGUCGACUUAUCAGGGCUACGCGCCGAUUCCGCCGAAAAGAACCGACAGCGCCGAGCCGCGAUUCAGACCUCCCCCGCCCCCUUACCCGGAACCGAUGAAAAUCAAAGAGAUGGAAAAUUUCGUCAUAGACGUCGACACUUCCAGUUGUCUGUCGGAGAUGUCUUUAAAAGACCCGCCUCCGUAUCCCGACAAUAUCACACCGGUGCCACCUCCAGUCUAUCCUUUCGAAGAAGCGGCCGCUAGAUUUAUCACAACGAGAUCACCAAAUAUUUUGACGGCCCACGCUAGUGCGGUCAGCGUGUCCUCGUCCCCGAGUUAUUCGACGCCCAGUUACGUGCCGCCCAUACCCCCGAAAGUGCUCAGACCCCAGCUUAGCGUCACCGGCGGCGGCAUCAUCAGUCCGAACGGUUACAUGGACGUGGCGGCUAGCAAAACCAGCGUCUUGGUGCCGUGCACAUUUUUACCGCCACCGCCGCCCGCUCCGAGACAGCCGCCGCCACCGCCACCGCCAACCAUCGCCACGGUAUAUACGAGUCAACUGUCGCGAUCUCAGAUCGAACAGUAUCAACAGCAGAUGUACAGCGACGUGGAUUUCGUCGUGUUUCCUUUAAAAGAGCCGGCCAUAAGUAAGCAGGAGUAUUUGGAGGCCAAACAGGGUUCACUACUCGCGGCUCUCGCUCACCAGCCGGUGUUCUAUCGCAGCACGCCUUAUAUCGGUAGAUACGCGUCUAGUCAGAACCUAUCAGACACGUACGUGCAACUACCAGUCUACGGCGCGGCUAGCAUUUCGUCGACCGGCAGUUUGGAUCCUCCGCCGCCACCGUUACCGCCGAACCGGCCGUCCAGGUUUAUGAGGACCAGGUCGGACGAUAACAUUUUGAACUCGCUCGAGACGCCGCAACCCCCGAAGUUUCGAAGGCUACCACCGCCACCGCCACCGAUCCCGGAAAAGAAUACCGCCCUAUUGAAGAAACACAACCUUCUCGACCCGAAAAAUGCGACCGAGCUGGGCAGCGACCGGGCUACCUCGCUCGAUAUCCGUACUCUUAGAGAGAAAAGCAAGAAAAUGGACUUGCCUCUAAUUUCCGCGUUGUGCAAUGAUCGAUCGCUUAUCAAGCAAACGAAAGCGUUCGUAAUGCCAAAGCAUCCGGGCGAAGGUGGUUCGCCGCCGCGUCAGAUUCGAAGUUCUGCGCGCGCAAAGUAUCCCGUGUCGGGUUUGAGCAGUACAAAAAUCAACAAGACCAGUAGGAAACCGCCCACGAUCAGUCAUCGACAUCCCGGCGAUAAGUUGCCGGAAAUACCGCGAGCCCUCCCGAAUAAUUACGUGUUGACGGAUCCGCGGGUUAAACACAAAACUAUGCAAUCCCACUCGUGAAUUUGACAUUCCUGUACUAGUAGGUUAGCGAUCAAUUUUUUUUUGUACUCAGGGUGCCAUCAUUGCAAUGUUAAAUUUAAGAAAGGAAACGGCGACGGUUCCGUAGGUACCGGAGAGCGUUACCGCAGUGUCGAUUUUUUUUACGCGUUCUUCCCUGCAUGUAAAUAGAGGUCUACUUUACUCACGCGCAAAGCAAAUGUAAACGUAAGUUCUAUUAGCAUUAAUGUAUACACUUGCUCAACUUUUAAUUUUAAUACUGUCGUGUUAUCGUUUAAUUACUUUAUUUAUUUCCCUGUAUCAAAAUUUCGAGAUGCUUCAAUAUCAAGUGUAUGGUGCUGCCAUCGUUUUAAUAAAGUGACAA